GAACGUUAGUGCAUGCAUCCAUUCCUGAGCAGCAGAGGUUUUCAUUCGAUCCUGGCCGCUAUACCUGAAGAGCGCGACAUAAGAGGGACCUGGCAAUGAUCUCACUGGACUUCAAUUUUAAUGUUUUGACAAGGGACCUGUCACUUUAUUUGGAAAAUCAAGUGAAAGUGGGCCUUUUUGGAUCUGGAGUACUGUCACUGGUGCUCGGCUUCAGCGCAGCUUAUGCCUACUACUACUUGAUCUCUGUUGCGAAGAAGCCCCAACUGAUUUCUGGUGGAAAGAAGUUCUACCAGUUCCUGCGGGACCAAUGUCCCGUGGUGUCAGAGAUCUACUACCCCACCUUCUGGUGCUGGGAGAGCCGGAUCCAGACGGUGCUCAGGCCCUUCGUCACGGCUAAACCGGGGGUCAGCUACAGAAAUGAGCUCAUUAGAGCAGACGAUGGAGGACAGAUCUCUCUGGAUUGGUUCGACAACGAUGACAGCGCCUCCCACCCCAACGCGGCCACACGGCCCACCGUCCUGCUGCUUCCAGGCCUGACCGGUACCAGCAGAGAGUCCUACAUCCUCCACAUGGUGCAGCAGAGCAGGGAUCUAGGUUAUAGGUGUGCGGUAUUCAACAACAGAGGGGUGUCUGGUGAAACUCUCUUGACUCCCAGAACAUACUGUGCUGCCAACACAGAAGACCUGGAGGCGGUCAUCGAACACAUCCAGAGGACAAAUGAGGACGCCCCUCUCAUGGCUGCUGGGGUCUCCAUGGGCGGGAUGAUGCUGGCGAACUACCUGGGGAGGAAGGGCAGAGAGACAUGUCUGAAAGGUGUGGUUGUGUUCUCGGCAGGCUGGGAUGUGUUUGAGUGCACAGCGUCAUUGGAGAAGCCUCUGGACCGCUUUCUCUUCAACUCCUAUCUCACCAGCUGCCUGCAGGCAGGCGUGGACAGACACAAAUCUGUGCUUGAGAAGAGUUACGACAUUGAUCAUGUGAUGAAGGCCAAGACCCUCCGUGAGUUUGAUGAGAGGUUCACGUCUAUAAUGUUUGGCUACCCCACCAAUGAUGACUACUACCAUGAUGCCAGUCCCAUCCACAGGCUCAAGUCUGUGCAGGUGCCCAUGUUGUGUCUAAACGCUGCAGACGACGUCUUCUCUCCCAGUCAUGCCAUUCCAGUGGAGGCGGUGAAGCAGAACCCUAACCUAGCCCUCCUCAUCACCUGCCACGGUGGCCAUAUUGGUUUCCUGGAGGGCCUGUGGCCCCGACAGAGCACCUACAUGGACCGCGUGUUUAAGCAGUUUGCCAAGGCCGUCAUAGAACAGGGUGGCGACCUCAAUGACCUUUCCAGCUAGUACGACAUUCCUUUUCUCCCUCCCUCUCUCUCUUUCUUUCAUUUCUUUCCUCCUCCCCCCAAUCCUUCUCCCUCCCUCUCUCACUACAAGCAAAAAAAGCAUUAUUUAUUUUGAAGGGCACAUCCUGUCACAACACAGCAGUCGUCCGUCAACUCAUGUAUUCCUUCAUACAUUCAUUAAUUCAAUGUAUGUAGCCAUGAAUUCAUAUCAUGCUUUUUUCAAAAAGAUGAGUAUGUUCACAUUAGUAUCUUCAAAUAUGAAUAAUUUCAGCUGUCUUUCUCCAUCCGUCAGUGUUCUCAACAAAAACUCUGUAUCAAUAGGAUUUUAGUCCUCAGGGAUAUUAUUUAUUUUUUACAUAGUGUCUGUCUGUCUGUCUGUCUGUCUGUCUGUCUGUCUGUCUGUCUGUCUGUCUGUCUGUCUGUCUGUUAUGAAUGUGAAUAGUUUAUGUUAAAGAAUGUUUAGUCCAUUCAACAACAACAAAAUACCUAACCUAAUCUUUCGUGACAGCUAGCUGCUAUAGUAGCGUGAGAUUUAGUUCUGGGUUCCGAGGUGAUACCUUUUAAUUUACCUCAACAGAUCACAGUAUUAAUGUUCUCUUGAAUUGUUCUGCAUGCACUUUCAUUCACACAUUCUACCUGUACGCACACAAAAUAGCUCUAACAAUGUAAUGUUAUGGAGAUAACUCAUUACUAGUUAUAAGGAAUGUGAAUUUGCACUAUUUUAGUUUGAACAAGCCAUGCCUCUAAUUCCUUCCUGCAAACGCACUUGAUUUCAAUAGUUUUCCUAUGUAAAUAAGUAUACCCAAAAGGCCUAAUAAAUUAAUAUGCAAAUACCACAUGGAUGUUAUUGUUUGUCCUGAUGUUGAGGACACAGCUAAGUAUUAGUUACUUUGUGGGCCAGUAUUACAGUAUUUUACCGUACUUGUAGGGUAUUUGCUGAGCAUAUCAUCCUGAUGCAUAUAUCAUCAAUUCAGCUGGGUUGCCAGUUUGGUUCUGCUUAAUCAAAACAAUGAUAAAGGAGUUGUUUACCAUAAAGGAGUUAGCAAAAGUAGCACCAAAUUUGGCAACUAGGUCAUCAUCAGUGCAGAUGGGUUGCAAGUUUGGUUCUGUUUCAUAUAACAAUGGUAAAGGAGUUGGUUACCAUAAAGGAGUAAGCAAAGUUGCACCAUAUCUGACAACUAGGCUAUCAUCAAUGCAGCUGGGUUGCCAGUUUGGUUCUGUAUCAGCAAACAAUGACAAAAAAGUUGUUUACUAUAAAGAAGUAGCAAAAGUUACACCUGAUCUGGCAACCCGGCUAUUAUGAAUGCAGCUGGGUUGCCUGUUUGGUUCUACUUCAGCAAACAACGAUAAAGCACUUGUUUACAUCAAAGGAGUUAGCAAAAGUAGCACCAGAUAUGGCAACAGGACUGUCACCAAUGCACUGCUUCAGACAUUGCCUGUGUACAAAAUGGCGCCCUAUUCAAUAUAUAGUGCACUACCUUUGGCCAGAACCUCUUGGACCCUGGGCAAAAGUAAUGUAGGAAAUGGGGUCUCAUUUCAUAUGGACCUAUGACUUUGUUCCUGUGGAAUUUGUAUGUUUCUCUAUUUUGCCCCGUGGCCGUUAAGUAGCAUGUGUCUCAUCGUUAUGACGUCAUCCCGUUCUGAAAUGUAUGACUAAUACCAACACUACAUCGUAAUCAGUAGCACAAAGGACAUGUUUUGUUUGUCAUUAUAUAUACAGUAUAUAUAUAUACAAUAUUAUGUUUAAUUUUAUAUACAAAACAAUCAAUUCUAUUUACAUUCGCAGCAAAAAGAUAUGCACGUAUUAGUAUGAAGUGUGUUAUGCUGCAUUUAAUAAAUUAUUAAAAUGGAACCUUG